AUGCCUACGUUGACUGACCUUCCACUGGAACUACUCUACGCGGUUGUGGCCGUGGUUGCGCCCCGCAGAUCGCGAUAUACAGCGGAUCUGUAUUAUAGUCCUGACUGGGCUUCCAUCAAUGAUCUUUCUUGCCUAGCACGCACUUGCAAGGCGCUGCAUCAUGUCGCGCAGCGCGAGUUGUACCGUUAUCCGGAAGCGAGGUAUCGCAAAAUCAUCUCCCUUGUGCGCACACUCAUUAAACAGCCCGCCCUUGCUGCGAGUGUCAAAGAGCUACGCACUGGGGAUAUAUGGACACUUGUUGACGCGCCCUACCCCGACUUCAACGACUGCAAGAUCACGGUUGAAGACGCAGAUAUGUUCAAUAAGCUCCUGAAAGUAUAUUGCAAAAAUGAAAACGACUUCUAUCCGAUGCGACCCAUGGAAGGGUCGGAAGAGAACCUUUAUUGCCAUGAAGAUGAAAACCGCGUGGUGGGGAACCUGGCUGCGCUGGCCAUUGCACAAGCUACAAACGUCGAACGACUGGUCCUGCAGACAUAUUAUUGGGAUGUACCCGAAUCAUUCACACCGCCCGCACUUCCUUUUCUUACCGAAUUUAUUGUCCAGCAUGGUGAUACCGAGUUGUCCGUUCACAUCGACAAUAUCCAAGGUAUCUUCGAGGCAGCUCCGUCCCUGAAGCGAUUUCACGGACAUAUGGUGGGCGCUGUAUCAGACAGGAUAUCUCAUGAUGGCGUGACCGACGUUAACUUUACUUACAGCGUUUUGGACGACAGCAGCUUCAGAGCCAUCUUCCAAGGCUUUCCAAAGUUGCAAAAAUUCGGGUUCACAGCUGGAGGGUCAACGGUCUCAUAUGAUCGGCCAGCGACUCCAAGGGUGAUAGCUGAGCUACUACGCCUUCGAAAAGAUACUCUGCAACAUUUGACCCUCCACCUCGUAUGUGCGUGUGAGGCCUUGGAUGGUAUCUUCGAUGGGAGCGAAGCCAUGACGAGCCUCGCUUAUAUGGAGGUCUUGGAGUCGCUGGACCUGCACACUUGCGCUUUAGACGACGAAGAACCCAUCGGGCCGUUGUUGGUAAAUUUAUUACCGCCGUCCAUCAGACGCCUGACCAUACGAUCACAAGAGGAACAUCAACAUGAGGGUCUAGAAGUCCUAGCCAUCGCGGCUCCUGAAAAAUUUCCAAACCUGAAAGAAGUUCGGAUCGUCGGUAAAUCUGGAAACGGGGUCGAGGACACUUUCAAGGCCAGCGGAAUAUCCUUUCAGGCUAUUGAACUCUAUGUUGAGUGA